AUGGAGGAAGAAGACGAUGACUUUUACGACCCUGUCGAUACUGUUCCACCAGCGCAACCCCAGAACCAUGCCCACAAUGCAGCUCCACAGGAUAGCAAUGAUAUGGAAGAGGUAGAGGUCGAGGAAGAAGACGACGAUGAUUUCAACAUUAUCACAGAAGCGCCGGCGGAUGCGGCCCAAACGGAGGCCUCUCAUCCGCGCCACGCGAGCCUUCGACAAGAGCCACCACGACCCGUAUCAGCAGAUAAUUUGGGAGUCUCAAAUUCGGUAACACCAUCCGCGACACCUCGACUCGAUGCCCCGACGCCAGUACCUGCAGUCGCAACCACAACCGCAACCAGCGCGAAACCCACCACACCCCAGAAGCCAGGGUCAGCGUAUCCUGCCAUUCACAGCUCCACAAUCGACGUCAAUGUCAACCCCGUGCACCCGGCGACAGGGAAACCGAUCAUGGCGAGCGACAUGGAUGCCGACUUCCCAUCUGACGACAAGCCCUGGCGGCGACCCGGGGCCGAUGUCUCGGACUACUUCAACUACGGGUUCGACGAGUUCACCUGGGCUGGUUAUUGUCUCAAGCAGCAGGAAGUCCGGAAAGAGGUCGGGGACCAGAAGAAACAGCUGGACGACAUGCAAGCUUUCCUGGGCAUGGGCAUGCCCCCGAUGCCCGGUGCCCCAGCUGGCCCAGGCGCGCCGGGGAGUGGCCCGCCUUCGAUGCCCGGCGUUCCAGGUAUGCCGGAAUUGUCGCCUGACAUGAUGCAAGGCAUGAUGGCGACGAUGAUGGCCCAGGGCUUGGAUCCGUCCUCCAUGGAUCCCAUGACGUUCAUGCAGCACGCCCAGGCCAUGAUGGGUGGCCAGUCGGGUGGCCAGCAAGGCCAGCCGGGCUUUGGAGGUCCGCCACAAGGCCAAGGGUUUGGCCAAGGUGGUCAAGGUCAUAUGGGGUAUGGAGGAUAUGACCAGCGUGGCAACUAUGGUGGUCGAGGACGCGGGCGACGAUGGUAG